CCUAGGUCCGCGUUCAAGGAUUCGACUACAUUGCGGCCACCGACAUCAUCGCGGCUCGACUAGCUCGACUAUCUUCUUUGUCUAUACCGCCGGCUCGAACAGACCCGACCCUUCUACGAAUCUAGCAAUUGAACAGAGUGAUGAGAAUGAUCGCUGCAUCUUCCCUCGUUUAAGCCUUGGUCAAUGACCGUUGUGCGUCCGGCUGGGCCUAUCCAAACCGAGGACGAUCUCCCAUCAACUCGAACAGCAAGAAGAAAUGGACCCAAUGAAGCGACACAUUGCGCCGUUGAAGAUCGAAAAGGGAAACUUCAACUUUCACACCGACCGCUACCACCACGCUCAACAUCACUUGGAAAUGAGCCCUCCGUUGACGCCCUACAAUUCCAAAGACAACAACAUGGAACCCACGGAAACGCCGAGGGCCGUCUUCCACAACUACCUCCGUGCAUUCUACCCUUACCACCCAUCCGGAAACUUGUCCCCGUCGACAGUCACCCUGCCCUUGGAUCAGGGGGACGUCAUCUUGGUGCAUUCGGUACACACCAAUGGCUGGGCCGACGGCACACUCCUAGACACCGGCGCUCGGGGCUGGCUACCCACCAACUACUGCGAGGCGUAUGAUCAACAACCCAUGCGUCCGCUCCUGAAGGCGUUGACCGACUUUUGGGAUAUCAUCCGAGGAGGCUGUGGGUUCCCUCUCAAUAACGCUGGCAACCAGGACCUCGUGCGAGGCCUGAUUGCGGGCGUGCGUUAUCUGCUGCAAAAAUCGGAAUGUCUCACCCGGGAUUGUAUGCUGGUAACCGGCCACGACGGCCUGCGCCGGAACCGCAAGGCAUUGUUGGCGGAUCUCUCGUCCCUGGUCCGGACCACCAAAAAAUUCCAGGAGGUCGGUACUGGCGCGGCGAUGCAGGAUGACAUCGAUUACAUGGUGGAUGAGAUGCUGCUGAAGGCCUUUCGCAUUGUGACGCGAGGCGUCCGGUUCCUGGAUGUGUGGAACGAGGAUGUUGGUCUGAGCAGGACGAUCGCGGAGCUAGAGCAGCAAUCGGCACAGCACCAGCAGGACCAAGUCCCACUCGGGACUGAGACAUGCCCCAUAGCCGAACCCGCCCCAUCAGAGGCCGAUACCGAGCGCAACGAGUCGAGACUUCUCAACCGGAGCCGAUUGGACAUGAGCCGGGCCUCCACUCGCCUGGACGACGCGCUUCCGCCCCGCCCGGUGUCCGUGACGACCAAGCGGAUUUCCAUCUCCCACCGGGUCUCCUGCUCGGCUCCAGCUGCCGCGGUCCGCAACCCCAACUUAGCGUCCGAGCGACUGAACGCCGCUUACGAUGCCUUCCUGGGCGUCCUGGGCUCCUUCAUCGGCCUCCACCUGCACUCUCGCUCCUCCACGGAGCUGGUGGUGACGACCGAACAGGCCGUGCGCUCCUGCCGGGCUCUGCUGACCGUCGUGGAGGCCACCUGCGAGCAUGACCCGCAGGGAAGUGGACUUCUGGAGCACGCCCGGGACACCAUGUACGAGCGGUUGUCCGAGCUGGUCUAUGCGGCGCGGGACGCCUUCCGACCGGCCCAUUCCCCCGACGAUGAGCUGGUGUUUUUGCCCGAUGAGGGGAAGCGUCUGGUGGAUGCCGCCACCGACUGCGUGCGCGCUGCGGGGAACUGCCUGGCCAAGGCUCGCCUGAUGCUGGAGCAAUGCGGCGAUUUUGAGCUCGAGGCCAUGCCCCAGGAUGUGGCCCCGGUGGCCCCGGUGGCGGCCAGCCCGCUCCCCGACGCCAACAAGACCCCGAAGUCGCCCAAGACCAGCACCUUUGCGGGCGACCAGCCGCCGCGUUCCCAGGAGGCUUCCCUCCGUCUGCCUCCGCCGCCCAUCCAGAUCCCCAAGACCAACAACCGCUACUCCCCUCCCACCCCAGGCUUGACGGAGGACAACACGCCCUCCUCCUUCCAGUCCUUCCAGUCCCGCGGGGGAGCCGGCACCCCCGUUACCGCCAACACCGACCAGUCCUCCUUCCCCUCCACCUUCUGCACCGACCAGUCUUCCUUCCCCUCCACUAUCAACACCGACAUGUCCUCCUUCCCCUCCACCACCAAUCUCUGCACCAGCCUCGACAAACUCUCCUUUUCCUCCCAUGACACCCAGCCUAUCGAAGCCACCCCCCACAGGGACAGCCAGCCCAAGUCGGAGUUUGGUGAGUCCUUUGGUCGCGGCGUGACUAGCAAUGGGAGUAGCUUCACUUUCAAUAGCCGCCUGCGCGAUUCGGAGAUGAGUGGCGUAUCUCAGACGUCGACUCGGGCCACCUCGCCUGACAUUGGCAACCACUACCAAGUUCCCUCAUUGAAGGGUAGCAUCAGCCACUCCACCCUCGCGGAGGAGAAUGAAGAGACAGAAGCCAACAUCUUGGAGAAGACAUACGCACACGAGCUGAUCUUUAAAGAUGGCGCCGUGAUGGGCGGAAGCUUGCGCGCCCUUGUUGAGAAGCUGACUGCUCACCAAUCCACUCCAGACGCCCUGUUUGUGUCAACCUUCUACCUUACCUUCCGUCUGUUUGCCACGCCCCUCGACUUUGCGGAAACCCUCGUUGAUCGAUUCAACUACAUCGGGGACACCCCUCACGCGGCGGGGCCCGUCCGUCUUCGGGUUUACAAUGUUUUCAAGGGCUGGCUCGAAUCGCACUGGCGCCAUGACUGCGACAACAACACGCUGGAGUAUAUCGUCCACUUCGCCAACACCACGCUCAUGUACAACCUUCCCUCUGCAGGAAGGCGACUGGCCGAGCUUGCAGAGAAGGUCUCCAUGGUGCAUGGCCCGGUUGUUCCCCGCCUGGUGUCCUCCAUGGGAAAGACCAACACUGCGACCGCACAGUAUGUGCAUCCCGACACUCCCCUGCCACCGCCCAUUCUGGGCAAGAAGGAAAUCAACCUCCUGAAGCAGUGGAAGAACGGGGAUGGGACCAUCACCAUUCUGGAUUUCGAUCCGAUGGAAUUGGCCCGCCAGUUCACAAUCAAGGAGUCGCGGAUCUUUUGCACCAUUCUUCCGGAAGAGCUGUUGGCGACCGAAUGGAUGAAGAAAUCGGGGUCCUUGGCGGUCAACGUUCGGGCGAUGUCGACUCUGUCGACGGACCUGGCGCAUCUGGUGGCGGACUCGAUCCUUCAGCUGGAGGAGCCGAAGAAGCGUGCGGCGAUCAUCAAGCACUGGGUCAAGAUUGCCAACAAGUGCCUGGAGCUCAGCAACUACGACUCAUUGAUGGCCAUCAUCUGCUCCCUGAACUCGUCGAUGAUCUCCCGUCUGAAGCGGACGUGGGAGGUGGUGUCGCAGAAGACCAAGACAAUCCUGGAGUUUCUCCGUGGCAUUGUCGACGUCUCGCGCAACUACGCCGUUCUGCGACAGCGCCUGCAGAACCACGUGCCCCCUUGUCUGCCAUUCGUGGGCACAUACCUCACGGACCUGACCUUCGUGGACCACGGCAACCAGCCGUUGCGCAACCUGCCCACGGACGAGGGCGAGAUGGCGGUGAUCAACUUCGACAAGCAUGUCAAGACCGCCAAGAUCAUCAGCGAGCUGCAGCGCUUCCAGAUCCCGUACCGGUUGGCGGAAGUGCCCGAGCUGCAGGCGUGGAUGCAGAACGAGCUGAUCCGCGUGCGAUCGAGCGGCGAAAAGGGUGCGCAGACCUUCUACCGUCGCUCGCUGGUCCUGGAGCCCCGGGAGGCGCCCCAACAACGCAACAUCCAGCCCGAAUCCAGCUCCUCGUCCAUCCUAGAGAACGCCAAGGACAAGUUCGACUUCCUCUCCUGGACGCAUCCCUCCUCCAAGGCCAAGUCGGUCGCAACAAAUGGUUAACCGCGCUGCUCGAUUGCUCACUCUUAACGGCAGCCUCUUCACGAUUUAUGAUAGUCACUUCUCUUCAUGUCUUCCAC